UAUUAUGGUUCUAAGCUUCAUGUUAGGACUACUGAACGCUCUCCUCUUCCUUUCAGAUGCAGACUAUUGCACCACAUGUCCAGAAGAUCAGCACCCAAACGAGCACCAAAAUCAGUGUGUCCCCAAGGUUAUCACCUUUCUUGCCUAUGAAGAACCUUUGGGGAUCACAUUGGCUUCCUUUGCCCUAUUCCUCUCCUUAACCAUGGGCUUUGUUUUCGCCAUCUUUGUUAGAUACAUGGAAACUCCCAUAGUCAAAGCCAAUAACCGAGACCUCUCCUAUAUCCUCCUCUUCUCCCUUCUGCUUUCCUUUUUGUCCUCCUUCCUCUUCAUCGGCCGCCCAAGGAAAGCGACCUGCCUUCUCCGUCAAACAGCCUUCAGCAUCAUCUUCUCUGUUGCUGUUUCUUCUAUGUUGGCAAAAACCAUCACGGUGGUGCUGGCCUUCCUGGCUACAAAGCCAGGAAACAAGGUUAGAAGAUGGCUUGGGAAAAGUCUGGCCAACUCCAUUGUCAUUGCCUGCUCUAGUGUCCAAGUUCUCAUCUGCACCAUCUGGCUGGGGACCUCUACCCCAUUCCCAGUCUCUGACAUGCACUCCCAGCCUACAGAGAUUAUCCUGCAAUGUAAUGAAGGGUCUGCUGCCAUGUUUUAUGGUUCCCUCAGCUAUAUGGGCUUCCUGGCUGCCAUCUGCUUCACAGUGGCUUUCCUAGCCAGGAAACUGCCUGGGUCCUUCAAUGAAGCCAAGCUGAUCACCUUCAGCAUGCUGGUCUUCUGCAGUGUUUGGGUGUCUUUUGUUCCUACCUACCUGAGUACAAAGGGGAAAUACAUGGUAGCUGUGCAGGUCUUCUCCAUCUUGGCCUCCAGUGCUGGGCUUCUGGGCUGCAUCUUCAUUCCCAAGUGCUACAUUAUUGUGCUGAGAGCUGAUCUGAAUACGAAGGAGCAUGUCACAAUGAAAUCGAAGUGA